AUGAGCAACCAAGAAAAACUUCCAUGGCCUGUAACAAAGAAAAGAAAAUCUCAAGAGGUUCCCGAAGAUAACCAAGAAUGUAUGAAAAAACACAUUAUUGAUAGCAAAUCUAAGCGAGUUAAAGUCACUGCAAAUGCAACGAAAGACUUGUUAAUUGCCACAAGAUCUGCUUUUAGUCGUUCUGCAGACCCGGCACGAAUAGUAGGCCGAGAGAUGGAGCAUGCAAAAAUUACCAAAUUCUUACAAACAACAAUUUCCGAUCACAUCCCUGGUCGUCUUUACAUAGCUGGAAGUCCCGGAACCGGGAAAACAGCACUAGUGCAUGCAGUUUGUCGAGAAUUAAAAUUAAGAGAUAUUGAGGGUUUGCAGAUAGUUGAGAUUAAUUGUAAUACUGUACAACCGAAAAAUCUUUAUUUUGAAUUGGUCAAAAAAUUGUCAGGGGUGGAGGUAAAGAAACGGGUGGAUGCUCAGCGAGAUGAACUGUUUGGUUUUUAUGACUUAUCUAAUAGUAUAAUAUAUAGUGUUAUUGUUAUGGACGAGGUGGAUAAUCUUUUUGAGAAGGAUUCCAGUUUGAUAUACAGUCUCUUUGAAUAUAGCGCACUUUCUGAUGGAAAAAUGACCCUAAUCGCUAUUGCUAAUGAAAUUAACCUUGAUAAGAGAUUACUUUCACGUUUGAGCGCAAAGAAUGUCACAGUCGAAUCAUUGACAUUCAAAUCGUACAGACCAUCAGAAAUAUCAGCAAUUAUUGACGAUCGCUUGAAAUCAGUGGCUAAUAAUUCAUUAAUUGAAUUGCAGGCAGUAGAAUUAUGUGCUAGGAAAGUCGCGUUUGAAGGUGGUGACGUGCGGCAAGCAAUGGAGCUUUGCAUGUUGGCUUUACAGAGUCUUGAUAAGAAGAAUAACGACAAGAACGACGAGAUUGGUAAAGUGACAUUGGCUGAGAUGUCAAAGAUCCUAUCCAAUGCAUUCGUUACAAACAAAGCAGUUCAAAGACUUCGAGAAUUGACAAUUCAUCAGCAAGCAAUGCUUUGCAGUUUGAUAUUAAUGAAAAGGAAUGGUAAUACUAGUACGACUCAAGCCAAACUAUUCACCUUCUAUCAGAAUUUAUGCAAAAAGUAUUCGGCUCCUCUUAUCAAUCAAACACAAUUUCCUGAUCUAAUAACAGCUUGUGAAUCAAAUGGACUCUUGAAAUUUGGUCGAGCAAAGCGAAAUGAAGACCGAAAAAUAAUUACAAACAUUUUGGAGAAUGACUUGAGGGAAGCCAUAAAAGAUGUACCACACAUCAAAAAUUUUCUUAAAUAA